AUGGUGCGGUGCACACCUUUGGGCAGAGUUGCCUUUGUCUGGGGUGUGCGUGUCCUCAAAGGUUACCCUCAGGAAGCUCAGGACAUGGACAUCGCCAUAGGCCUAUGGAGGUGCGGCCAGCAGAACAGUGGCCGCACCCAGCCCAAGAGUGUUGUCCGUGGCCAGGUCCAGGCACGAUGCUUCCACGUCUCCCCGCUGAUCUCUACGGCCCAGAAGGUGGCCAUGUCCCACCUGGACCCUGGCUCGGAGAUGCCCUACCCCAAGCUGCAGGCCAACUUAGAUAUCGUCCAACAAAGGCUGAACCGCCCUCUCACCCUCUCGGAAAAAGUGUUGUACUCUCAUCUGUCCGAUCCUUCCAACCAAGAAAUCGUCCGAGGUGAGUCCCACUACCUCAAGCUCCACCCAGACCGCGUUGCAAUGCAGGACGCCACAGCACAGAUGGACAUGCUUCAGUUCAUUAGCUCUGGACUGCCCAGGGUCACCGUACCAUCAACCAUCCACUGUGACCAUCUUAUUCAAGCACAGAUCGAUGGCCCUCAGGAUCUCCAGCGAGCCAUUGAAAUCAACAAAGGGUCUACAAUUUCCCGGCUACUGCUGGGGCCAAGUAUGGAGUUGGAUUCUGGAAGCCUGGCUCUGGGAUUAUUCAUCAGAUCAUUUUGGAGAACUACGCUUUCCCCGGGCACUGAUUCUCACACGCCCAACGUAGGUGGUCUUGGAGGCCUGUGCAUUGGUGUGGGUGGUGCCGAUGCUGUUGAUGUUAUGGCCGACAUUUCCUGGGAGCUGAAGUGCCCUAAGGCCCCGUCUAUGAGGCUAGUGAAGCAGCCUCUUGUGAAUCGGCUGCUUUCUUGAAACAUGAGUCAGUGAUCAACCUCUGCCACACAAUGAUCUUGAAAACAUUUCCCCCUAUGUUUAUAAAAGGUCCUGGCUACUGGACCUGUUCACUUGCCUCCCCCAUCACUCUGACACUCACAUGCCAUAACCUGUAAACAGACAUACUGUCUGCUUGACGGGUAGUGGUAUAUUGAUGCUUCAGCAAGGUUCUCUUCGCAGUGCUGAGUCCAUCCCCCUACAGGAGCUAACAGCUGGCUUGCAGCCCCUAAAUUAUGUGGUCGAGCCGGAUCAGCCCUUUCAACCCGCAAUCCAUUGGUGGAUUGUCUUCGCCAUUGUCGUGAUCCUGGUUCUUCUGCUGGUGACGUCUGCCGUGGGGUAUUCCUAUGUCCUACGCUACGCACGACGCCGCCUAAUUCCAGACUCGAACCAACUGCAGACAUUGCAAGGCGUAUCUUCUCCACCAACACCUGUGAGAUCUCAGGGGCGAGAUC